AUGCUCUCGCGCCUUCUGCAGCAUUGCAUUCAUGAAGUGGCCAUGGAUGGCGAUGAGGGAACAGACACGGAGCGGCUCUUUUCGUUCGUAGAGGCCUUUUGCCGUGCACUACCGCAGGAUAUGCAGCCCAAUUUGGAUGCUCCGUACCGGGCGUUCUUGUGGCGUCACUUGCUCAUGGAUUCACGCAUUCAUGCGGGCAUCGUCCGAGGACGAGCACAAGAACGAACAGGUGAACAGGCAUCAGGAACGAAGAAGCCUGAUGCCAAGCGGCAGUCUAUUCUUGCGAAGGGACGCGCAUCUGAGCCACUGCUGCUCACGCCCACGCCUAUUGCGUAUGAGCCGCUGGACGCACUUGUCAAGAAACAUGGCCCAGACAGGCUGCGUGUGUAUGUGGAUGCUGAGCAUGUCCGCCGCACGCUGACAGGCUCUGAUGCGCCAUUUGUCUCGGCUGCCGCGUAUACGGCGCUCCAGCUUGUGUUUCGUGCUCGAGAGCGUGGUCUAACGGUCGUGGACAUUGGUGCGGCGACACAGUAUGAUCAAAAGACCGUGUACUACCUGGUCAAAGUGCUGGUGGACCGCGAUCUCGUGGCAAAGUUUGCCGCGCCUGAAAUGGGCCAUGUAUCCAACUAUGUGGUGGGGCGUCCGUUUCUCGAACAGAAUCCGCAAUGGCGCGCACAACAAAAUGCAUUAGGUACAGACACUGAUCCCAAGCACGCGGUGGAUCUUGUCGGCAUGCCCAGCUGGGUUGAUGUGGAUGUGAUUGCGACCCAGGAAGAGCAGCGCGGUGAUGCAGACGAUGAGCGCGAUGAGAGUGUCUUGUCGCUCACGUUGCCGCCCGUCAUGAAUCCACAUGAAGGCGAAAUGCUGGCAUUUCCGAUGCUGACGGAAGAACAGAGCUCGGUAUGGCUGCAUUCUCGACAGGACCUGCUUUCUUUGCGUCUAUUGAAAAUGUUCGCACAAUCGCCGUCGCACAUGACGCCACGGCGAUGGCUUGCGACGCGCCUGGGUCUUCGGCGUGUGCCCACGCUGCGACGAGGCUUUCUUACGUUCUUGAAUCAGCGUGUCUCAGCGGGGUAUUUGGAGCGUGUGCGCGUUCAGUUGGGAAGUACGACGCCGCUGUACUUGCGGGCGACGCCGCUGGGCUUGGAGCGGCAAUUCACACUGGACGCGGGCGCGGAAGCGGCAGGAGAAUCUUUGUCGUCUGUCUCGGCAUCCGAGCAGGAGCCGAUGCUCGUGCUGAGUGUGGCCGCACCAUUGGAGCGCCAGCUGCUCGAUCACGUCGAUGCAUGUGGCAAGGGUGGAUGCACGAUGAAUGAGCUCGCGCAGCACUUUUGCUUCUCGUCCGAGGUCAAGCGCAUGGUCGAACAGAUCCUGUCGCGCCAAGUCUCACAAGGGCCGCCUCCCUAUGCGCCACUCAGUAUCUGCGCGCCGUUUGAGCAGGAGGGGCGUGAGCGGCGCAUUCGAUAUUAUACGGCGCGUGGAUUCGCUGAGAAAUGCGCUGACGAGGGCUUGUCUAUGAGUGUCGCGCUUGGCUACGACGUACCGUCCGACGGGUCCGUACCCAACGUGCCUGACUCGUUGCCGGGCGAGUGUAUGUUUGAGAGCGCCGACGCCCUGUGCACUGCGAUGCAGCAUGUGCGUACGCACACGUGGGGCUUCUUUCGUGAUGUGUGCGGGCCCGUGCCGCUUCGUGGGACGAAGCGGCGUGCCAAUGUCGAUCCCUCGACGGGCCGAAGCAAGCGAGGACGUCCGCGGAAAGACGAGGUGCGAGUGAAGCAAGAGACGGCUGCGUCCGAGACCACGCCCAGCGAUUCUCGCGCGCAUGUCAGUGGGCACCGCAGCGAUGCUCAUCGGCCUGCUGCUCCGGAAGACGCUGUGGACGAAUGCGGCGCGUCCGAACCUGUGGCUGCGGCCCACUUGGAGCCCGCUGCGCCUACGACGCGCCAGCAUGAUGCUCAAGCGGUUCCUGAGCGGCCGUCGUCAAGUGCCGCUGCACCAGCGCGUCCGAAGUCAGAGGCUACCAACGCAGUACCGAUCGAUCCUGCCUUGUGUGCGAGUGAGCAACAGGGGCUGGCGUCUUCAGCUGCUGCGAUGACGACGCCCAGCAAGUCGGCGCGGCGACUCGCUCCACUCUCGGCACGCGCGUCUCGUGCGUCUGAGGCACGAACGAAUCUGAGCUCGUUCCAGCGCACAACACUCCUCGCGCAUGUGCUGCGGCAUCAUGGCGGUGCUGUGGACGAAGUGGACAUUCCUCGACGCACGCGAGAGUGCCUGGACAAGACGCCUAUGCCAGGUGGCGACUUGUCUGAUCGGACGACUCGAGCCAAGACGAUCCAGCAUGCGAUCAAGCAUGGCGUCGUCAAAGUCGUCAAGCUUCCGCGGCCCGACGAUCCACAGCGACCUCGAUCGAUCGUGCAUCUCGCUGACCUGGUGUCUGAUGCACUGCAGAUGGCGCUUGAGACAGCGACCAAGCCACCACCACCGGCAUCGACACCGACAACGACGUUGGCCGCUACUGUGCCUAUGUUGCACGCAGCCUCAACGUCUGGUGCUACUGCGGCAACAGCGAGCAUGUCGCACGAUAGCGCUUGUGCCGACGACGGAAGUGCUGCGCAUGCGCCAAUACCGAUGCCGAUGCCGGUGCCACCGCUGACGCAGCGCAGCACUGCUCCAUGGACAGACACUGCGCCCGUCACGUAUGGUCAAGAGGGCGAUCCCAUGAACGACCCAGCUACGCACCAUGCAUUUGCACGACACUCGUAUCUUUUGCGGCAGUACUAUGGCUUUCCACAUGGCUCAGCCGCUCGUCUCGCGCUGUUCCUCGAAGCAGCGAGAGCAUCGGCGAUGGAUGGACAUGAAGGCAGCAGCCGUGGUGACGGACGCCAGAUCAUUGACUUGUCUUGGUUCAUCACCGCGUGUCCGCUGCGAACAUUUGUGGCUCUCGUGCCGGUCAAGCUCCACACGCCUGCGGUCGUCCGAGCUGUGAUGGGCGCGUCCGUGCGUGUGGACCAAGUACCCAUGCAUGUGUCGACGCGGCUUGGUCUGCGGCGCCAAAGCGCGCACCGCCAGCGGUUCCUGGCGUAUGUGAUGCAGCUAGAGGAACUUGGGCUCGCGGAGCGCAUCCCACGUGCGUCAAGGAAGCACGAUGUCGACCACGCGAGCCAGGACAACGCGGCUGCAGCCCGAGACGGCAGCAUGUGGGCCCUCGUGGACGAUGCACCCGUGUUUCGAUGGCCCCGCGAGCAUGUGCAGACGAUGUCGGUACGCACGCCCGAGGAACGGUCUCAGUACUGGGCUGCUGUGCGCGAGGCUGUGCAGACGUCGGAGCCGAGGCGUGUGCCCGUGUAUUUGUGUGCGCCGCAUGCAUGGCGCGACACAUUCAGUCUGCGUGGCGUACAGAAGGCGUUCUUGAAGCGGUACGUGCAUGCCGUGCCGCCGAUGGAGGGCAUCCGGCGACUUGCAUCGACGAUCUUUGCGCCUGUCGAUGCCGUGGAGUCGUUCUUUGCUUCGCACCACGCUCAGGCACACCGGACCACAGCUACGAUUGCGCACAAAGUCGAGGCGCGGCGGAAGCAGCGCGCAGACGAAUGGAAUGCAGCCCUUGCCGACGUCCAAGCGAUGGGCCCGCCGGACGCAGCGAUGCCACGCGCAUUGCAGCAGCUGGAAAAACGGUAUGUGUACGGGCGCGAUGCGAUGGAUGCACCGACGCUUCGGAAACGCAUCGCGGCAGCGCUGGGCAUGCAGAAGAAGCGCGUGCCCAAAGCGGCGCCGGUCCGGCGAACGCGCCGCCGCUCAUCGGCCAUUUGGACACCCGGCCAUCAGGACCUGUUCCGCGAUGCGUAUGUGAUUGUGACUGAUCGGCAGGAGGCAUGCGGAGUAUGCAUAUGGCACGUGGUGAGCAUGUCCCUCCUGAUGAUUGGUCGGCUCUGUGGCAGCUGA